UACACAACGUUAGUCUCCCUUACAGCAAAACCAUGAAAGUUAAUGAGAAUAAACUGAUGCUAGUCAAAGGGAACACUGAAAACACACAGUGUCUGCCUCUGAUCUCUCAGAUCAACACAGAGCGCUUAGUACAGACACAAUGUCAAACGAACAGCCAAACAACCAGGAUAGUGAUGUGGAAACUGCAAGCUUUUCAGUUCAGAAUAAAAAGACAGCUAUUGCAAAGAAAUAUCUUUCAGAUGAAGCAUCAGAGAGUUAUAAAAUUUCAGCAAGGGCUGAUGCCUUUUUCUGUGUCCCAACUUCCUUGCGCCCAGUGGCAACUGUGAAUGUUAAUAAUCAGCCCACAAUUUCAAACAGCAAUUUAAAGGAACUUUAUGCACUUCAUGUUGACAAGCUGUCACCCUCCUCAGUCCUACCUCCCAUUGACAGUACCCAGUUGUUAAACAUAUCCCCUAAAGUGCCUAUCAAGACUGCUGUGAACAGUGGAAUCCCCAAACCAAUCCUUGUGCAUUCCAAGGGCUCCCUUACAGCCAAGGGUGAUGCGGAGAGUGACAGCAGUGAAAAGCCUGAAGAAAACAUUGAGAUAAAACCGGUCAUACCCAAACCCAAACACGUGAGACCUAAGAUCAUCACUUACAUUAGAAGAAAUCCUCAGUCUAUAGACCAUCUUGACUCUUCCUUUGCCUCAACUGAGCUGCCGUAUGGUCCCCCUGUGUGUGGUAUGCCCAUGGCAAAAGAACAGCAGAUAUUGAGUGGUGGGGAUAUUAAACCAUCUAACAUUCUGUAUGACAAAUUUAAACCCGACUUGCAGAAGCCAAGAAUCUAUGGUUCGGGACUUGUGGUAUCUGGCAUUAAACCCCCGGGGCAUCAUUUUGGUCAAAUGAGUGAAAAGUUUUUACAGGAGGUUGGGAAAAGGCCUAUGAAAGAAGAAUUCUGUUCUCCGCCAUAUACCCACUAUGAGGUAUCUCCAAGUUUUUAUCGAUCUGCCAUGAUACUUAAACCACAGUUAGGACUGGGUGCGGUUUCCAGGUUGCCCUCUGCAAAAAGUAGGAUUUUGAUUGCAAGUCAAAGAUCCUCAGAUAGCUGCCUCCAUCAGCCAGGACAAAUAACAAAUGCUUCCAGCCUUUAUCAUCCUGAGGCUUCAGUUGAUCUAAAAAAAGGCCCGUGCCCAAAUGCUGCAAAAUCCAAUCUCCCCAAGCCAUGUCAAUCUGGACUUCGUCCUCCUGGCUAUUCACGCUUGCCAGCAGCUAAGCUGGCAGCAUUUGGUUUUGUCAGGAGCUCGAGUGUAUCCUCUGUCUCAAGCAACCAGUCAAAUGACAGCGUUCAGAGUGAUCAAAGCAGAACAACCAACCGUUCAAACUUUGGCAGUGAAGAGCAAACCCCUCCUAAGGCAUCUGUGCCUUCUAAAGAUUUACCCAAGGGGACCAGUAGGACUGCACUGCAGGUAUCAACCAGCACAGCAACUCCCCGCAGGAGUUUACUUCCAGCACCGAAAACUACCAUAACACCUGCUGCAGGUUUGAAGAAAGAAGUACAAAAAGAUCAAGAUGCAAAUAAACCCACAGUGUCAUCCCCUAAGAGAUUAGCAGUAUCAGCCACCAAGCUCCAUUCACCAGGAUACCCUAAACAAAGGGCAGCUGUUCCAAGGAAUGGAUUUUCCACCAAGGCAGAUCUGCAGACUCGAGAGACUGAACGGCAGUUCAUCCAGCAGCUGAAGGAAAAGUGUGACAAGCAGUCCAGGCAAUUCAGCUAUAUUCAAGAGGAACUUAAAAGAGCCAGUCGUGGCUUCGAGGUCUUCGCUAUAACAACACAGCAUUUCUUUUGUAAGAAUGAAAGUGCCCUUGUGAAAGAAAAGGAGCUAUCAGUCGAGCUUGCAAACAUCAGGGAUGAAGUUGCCCUCAACACAGCAAGAUGUGAGAAAUUACAAAAAGAGAAGGAGGAACUGGAGAGAAGGUUUGAGGAGGAGGUGAGGAAGCUGCAUUGGCAACAGCAAGAAGAGCUGCGUGCCCUUGAGGAGAGGUUGCAGUUACAGUACAGGGGCGAAAUGGACCUCUUGCAAGAGGAACACAGACUUCAACUUGUGAGGAUCAAGUGUCAGCACCAGGAACAGGUAGAAGAUAUUUCAGCCACUCACGAAGCUGCAAUGUUAGAGAUGGAAAACAGUCACACAGUUGCCAUUGCAGUACUCCAGGAUGAUCAUGACAACAAAGUUCAAGAACUGAUGUCUGCCCAUGAACUGGAAAAGAAAGAAUUGGAAGAGAGUUUUGAAAAACUGCGGCUGUCACUCCAGGACCAAGUAGAUACCCUCACCUUCCAGAGCCAUUCUCUAAGGGACAAGGCAAAGCGAUUUGAAGAGGCGUUAAAGAAAAACACUGAAGAGCAACUAGAGGUUGCACUAGCUCCAUAUCAGCACUUAGAAGAAGAUAUGAACAGCCUGAAGCAGGUUUUGGAAAUGAAGAAUCAGCUAAUUCAUCAACAGGAAAAGAGGAUCAUGGAACUGGAAAAGCUGGCUGAAAAAAAUACAAUAUUGGAAGAAAAAAUUCAGGUGCUGCAACAGCAGAAUGAAGACAUGAGAGUCCGGAUUGAUCAAAAUACCGUUGUGACAAGGCAGUUAUCUGAGGAAAAUGCUAAUCUUCAAGAAUACGUGGAGAAAGAAACCAAGGAAAAGAAGAGGUUAAGCAGGACUAAUGAAGAGCUGCUUUGGAAGCUCCAGACAGCGGAGCCCAUGAGCCCCGUUAAACUGUCUCCUACGUCUCCUACACCUAUUUAUCGCUGUUCAUCGGGGCCUCCUACUCCCGCAAAAGUCAGCACGGUGCCAAGAUGACCGCUCCACGCGGCUGCAGAUGUUAACUGGGCUUUUACACAUUUUUCCAACCCGCUGAAUGUGAUCAUCCAAGAAAGUAUUAACAACCAUAGACACCUAGGGUUGGUUACUGCAAGCAUGCUCUGUAGCUGCAUAAGUGUAAGCUAGGCAGUGUACUAUUAUCAUUCCAGUAUAGACGCUCCCGGUACUGGCACACUGAUGUCUUAGAGUAGUAUAACCAUUGUAGUCUGAUGUGUAAACAUUUUGCCAUGGUUAGAGCCGAAAGAAAGAAAAUACUACUACUAAUGGUUCAUCAAAAUGAACCUUUGCUGCAGUGGUUCAGGUUAGUUACAAACAGUUCACGUUUUGAAUAUCUAUAUAUGUAUGUGUGUUUAUAUAUAUAUGUAUGUAUUGUACCUAUAUAGGUGUAUAUAUUGACACACACAACAUAUAUGGAGUUGAAGAUGUUCUGAAUUGCAUUUUUUAUAUUAUUGGAUACUCUACUAAGUGCUGAUAUAUUUUCAUGAUGGUCAGCAGUUUUGUAACUUGUGCCUAAGACUUAUAGCUAAAUGAAAUGCAUUUCUGUCAAGCCUCCCAGGAAUAUUUCUACCCAAAAUAGAAGAAAGUUACUUAGAAAUAGAAGCGCCUUCCAAACUACCACCAAGUGGUACACUGUAUAACGUGAACACCAGCGACAUUGAGAUUCUGAAAUAGUACUGCCUUCAAAACAAUCACCUUCAUACUCAAUGCCAGAUAAGGUCACUCAUUCCAGUCUCCAAAUUACAAUUAUUAUUAGCAUCAAUAUUGUGAAUGGAUGUAGGAUAGAGACCAAAACCCGGAGGGCUUUAGCAUGUUCCAUACAAUUUAUUUGAUAGAGUGACUCCAUUUUACUCUCUCAAAUCCUAGUUAGCCUUUUUAUUUUUAACUGAACACUUUUGGAAGCACUCAGAAUCUAUAACAAAUCCAGUCCCGUGUUAUUUUAUUUCAAGCCCCAGAAAGACGAAAAAAAAUAUUUGCUGUGACCUUGACAUUUGGCCAAAAGCAUUAACCCCCUAGUCGGAUAUUCUAAGAAUUUAGAUCCAGUUUGCCUCAGGGUACAGGGGAUCCUGCACAUACUAGACUAAUGUUUGCCCUUGUUAAUGGCCAGGAGAACCCCAGGGAAGAUCUGUGGGGGCCACAUGGAUCCAACUGAGGCCAGAAUUUGAUCCCUCAACAUAUAUACCCAUAUAUUUUGAGGCCAAACUACCUUAAACCUCCGCCUUCCAGGCAAAAUGCAAAUACUCUUAGGUUUCCCUGUUAUAUUAACCCCCUUUGCUGCACCUGUUAACCAUGCAUGUGUUGCAGUGGCAACUUUCCGUGCCGUGCCUGUCUAGACCAGAUGGACUGUCACGCCAUACUGAGUGAGCAUGCUGGUUUCCCAGGGGCACAGCACCUCAAACAUCAGUUAGAAUGAGAAGGGGUUAACAGUAUUUCAUCUGGAUCCUGGGUACAGGUAGGGAACUGCACAAAGCCAGGCGAGGCCCUGUUGUCUUUGAUGUUCUCUAAAUGUGGGUUCCAGCAUUUGCAUCAGAUUUGUUUGGAUUAGACUGUGAAAGCGUUUGAUGUAGCGCAGCGGCAGGUUAGGUGUGUGAAUCACCCACACGACAGCAAAAUGUUUUUUUUUUAAAUGAUGUGAUGCUUUUAUUUUCCAUUUGUGGCAAAGACCCUGCCCAUUUUCCUGCCCAUUCACAGAGCGCACUGCGUGCUCCAGGACCUGACCAAGUUACAGCCAGGAUGUAAAUACCGACAGAAAAUAUUCCAGGGUCAUGAAGCAGUGGGAAAGAGCUGUUGUGACAAGGUGUGUAUACAGAGAAUGACUCGCAUGGAAGCAGGCAGGAAGGCAUUUACUCCAGCAAACAUGCGCGUUGUUUGCACUUGAAAUAUGCUUCAGCUUUCCUGGGAUGUCUUCAGAAUGCUCAGGCUGCAGCUUAAGUACAGCCAGCUUCGAUCUAAGUGGCUUUGGCCCAUCCCAAGAUGUAAAAAUUAGGUUAAUUUUUUUGUUAGAGAAAUUUAUUUUUGUAGCAGUUUUGCAUGAUAUUAUGAUACUGAGUACAUUGAACAUCUUAUUUGACUAGACCAGGCCAUAUUUGACUAACACUGUCGAAAUACAUUACUAGCUUGUAUGUGUUCAGCAAGUACACCCUGAAAGUAGGAGAGUUGUUGAAGAAGAAAAACCACUAUCGCUAUCAUUUUGGUCACUUUCAUACUGCACUUGCUAAAUGCACAGGUACUCUGCAAUACCUACUUCAUUGUUAUGUUCCAGGCUGGGGCAAUGUGUUCUAUUACAGUACGAGUUGUUACCAUGACGUUAAUCUAAAUUAUCCCAUGGGCGACUCACCAGAACGUUAUACUGUCCCGAUCUGAGCUGGCUGAGCCAGUCUGUUUUCCUUCAUCUUUUCUCUGAGAAGUUUACGGUGCUUUACUCAUCCUUUUGUCAGCUAAGCGCACAUGCAAUGGAUGCUCCUAGCAAUGAAUUGGGAGUUGGGGCUUUAGUGGUGGGUAGACUGGGCUGCCAGCGAUCCCAACAUCAUUUCCAUUCUCCCUGUCUUACAAUAGUCACUUCCUGAUGGUGUUUGAUACUGGAUGCUGAUGCUUCCAUCCAUGUGACUACAGGUGGCUGCCCGGGGCUUCUCUUCCCCACUCAUCCGGUUCCCUGCGGGAGAGGGGGGAGCUGCCUGGGGCUUCCCCUCUCCCGGCUUGCUCCCUGCCAGAGCUAGGCAUCCUUGUCAAUUUCACACCUCAGCUAUGAAAUUGACAAGGCUGCCUAACUCCUGGCAGAGAGUGGUCAGCGAGGGGGCCCGCUGGGGCUUCUGGCCCUGGCUGCUGGCUGGGAGCAGGGUCUGAAGCCCCCCACCCCACCCAGCUUCUGGCCCCGGCUCUCAGUCAGGAGCGGGGUCCAGCCACCCAGCGGAGCGGGGAGAGCUGGACUCUAGCUGGGGGUGGAGUUAUUAUGUCGGUGUAGUAGGGCACUUACAUCAGUGGGAGGACGGCUGUAGUGUAGACACUGACAUUAUUAGGUUGACAUAAGCUGCCUUAUGUUGACUUAAUUGUGUAGUGUAGACCAGCCCUCAGCAGCAGUAUACCACCAGUGAGCCUUUCCCUGACCAGUAGUAAGCAUAUCUCCCUCCAGUAUUAUCCAUAAACCAAGCUUUCUUAAAUGGCAGUGGAGAACACUGCCACUCUGUCAUAUAAUCUUGUUUCCUGACCUAGCACCCUCUGCUUUCUCUGCCCACACUUCCACUUACAAACGCUAACAUCUGCUGGCAUGAAGGGUUGGUAAGGGAGAUGUAACUGUCUGGUGCAAGAAUGGCAUUGAAGUGAAUGCAGUAAGAGCCAAACCUUUUUCCUUGCGCACCAGAAUUCCCACUAAAAUUUCAGUGAAAAUCAUAGGUGCACUAGGAAGCAAGUACCCAGGUCUGUAGGUUGGGGAAAAGAUUUUGUUUUCGGGACCUGGAUUUGUUUACUGGCUGAACUUCAGGCACCAGCACAUUUGUGGCUGACUUGGCUGAUCUUUCAUCUGCCAUCGUUAGUGUGUUGGCUGAAAUGACAGGAAAUGUACUGGCAUCUGGAUAGGAUUUAAAAAGCAGAAGCAGCAGGAUUUUGAUAAUUCAUCACUAUCUAUUCUAUGGGUUGGUAAAAUGCAUCGCUGCUAACUCCACAACACAGGCUUUUUUCAGGAGAGAUGAAUUUCACUCUGUUACAUCAGCAUUUCCUGAUGCUGUGAGUGCAGGCCUGCGAAGUCACUUGGGGAGGAUUACAGUUUAUUGGGUGAAUUUAUCUAUAUUUUGCAGCCAAUGUAAAUAGCAGGAUUUUCAAGCACAUAACUAGGGUGCAUAAUAUGGCCUAGACAGUAACAAAAUGUGGGAAUUCACUUUCAAAACAGAUGUCAUUAAAUUAAACCAAAACAGCAGCAGGCUAGCAAAGCAUUGUGAUUGUAGCUGGAGUUCUCACCUUGUCGGCGCAUGCUCUUAACGUUGGGUAGUAUGGGGCUGUUCAUGCAUUGUGCCUCAAUACCUGAACAGUAAAUGUUCCACUUACAAAUAAACCCUACUGGCUAGUGAGGGCUGAAUAAGGAUUGUGGGGAGAGGGACUAUCUUUUACAAGGCAAGUGCUCCUGAGACUUAAUUAUGGAGGAACUCUAUCGAUUCCUCCGCUUGCUCUCCUCAUUAACCCAUACUGUGAGAAUACAAAGUAAAAGCUGUCAAACCAUUCUUUGAUUUAGCCAGCCCUGUACCCACUAAUCAUUAGUUUCUGCAUCUCUCAAAGGGCUACAGAGUGUAUACUUUUCCUCCACAGCAACUAUCCAUAAAGACAGCUAUUUAGCUACUAAAAGUGAUUUUAUUUUUAUAUUGGAAGCCGUCCAAUAGAAAGUGAAACAACAAUUUUACAAUAAAGGAACCAAAAUACACACCUGAACUUCAGUGGGCUUUGGGGAUGCUCGGCAAUUCUGCUAAUCAGGCUAGUUUAACUUAGAUGCUUAAAUGUGGGUUUUACGAACUUUUGGCAUCCAGGUUUGAACAUUUUGGCCUAAGUUUUUAAUUCAAUGCACAUAAUUAUGGCUGUACUGUAAACCUCUGAAAACCACAUUUUAUAAUGGAAAAGCCUUUAACUAUGGAAGGAUAAAAUAAAUCCCUCUUUUCCUCCACCUCCACUGCAACCUCAAACAGUCCAGUAGCUAAAGCAGAAUUACCUUCACUUCUAUAGUUCACUAGGUCCCGCUUUCAUUAAUAUGACUAAGCCACAGGGCUAGCAUCUGAAAUGAGAUUCUGUCCUCAUGUUGGUGAGGGGGGCUCAGAAGCCAGGUUUUGGUUCAGUCCAUUUGUAGGACAUAGCAAGAGGAAGUUGGCAAGACUAGUCGGAUUGCUCCCAGUCAUGGCACAUCACUUUAGCACCAAAUUCAUGACUGGUUUAUGAAUAGCAUUCUACUUUAGUUUUCAUUUAGUUUGUAAGUACUGAGCAGGUGAAAUGAUCAGUGUUGGGCUCAGCGAUGGGUAGGGCGGGGGUGGGGGGUGCAACAUUGGUGGCACAGGGCCUGUAGGUAGCACACUUUAUGUGAUUAUUCUUCCACUCCCUUUCCCUUACAGAGAUGAUUCAGCCAGGCAGGUCAAUGAUACUUGAUUAUUGCUAUUACCUUUUAGAUAGCAAAAGGAUGUAGGUGACAUAUGCAUAGGGAGGAAUUACUCCGGGGACCAUUGCUCUAUAAAAAAAAACAACAACAUUGUCACAAUUGCUCUAUAAAAAUACAACUGCAAGCUUAUUUGGGGGCGUGGCCUUAAGCGUAUUUAUUAUCUCUACUGCAGCAGCACCCAAAGGACCCUAUCAGACUGAAGGCUCCAUUGUAGUUGCUGUACAAAUACAAAUUAAGCCAUGGCCUCCGCCCCAUGGAUGGUCCCUGGAGAGAGUUUUUAAACAGCCCAUCCACCCCAACCCUCUUCAAAUUCUUCCCACCCAACAAGUGUCUUCCUCAGAAAGAAUGAGCAUGUGAAGCAGGGCCUCCUUGAGACCAUAGCCAGCUGGUGGGCAACCUCACUUAUGGCUUGUCUAUACUUCUGGCUAAAUCAGCAUUGCUGCGAGCGAUGCAGUGGUGUUGAUUUAGUGGGUCUGGUGAAGACAAGCUAAGUCGAUGGCAAAAUGUUCUCCCAUUGAUAUCUGUACUCCACCUCCCCAAGAGGCAGAAGGUAAAUCAGUGGGAGAGCAUCUCCCAUUGACACAGUGUGGUGUAGACACUGCUGUCAGUCGACCUAAGUUCCAUCAACUUCAGUUACUUAACUGCAGUCGUGUAACUUAGAUCGACUGACAGCUUUAGUGUACACCAGCCCUGAGAGGCAAGUGAUGAAAAAGAGUCAGAGAGCAACAAACUCUUUCUUGUCUCUUUUUUCUUCACAUCUGUCUGUGGGACAUGAGCAGUGUUUGAAUUCUUGCAACUAAGAAAUUUGCAUAAAUCAAAUCAGUAGAUAAGUUCCUGCAUUUCACUGAAAUAAUUUGCUUAUGAUAAAUCAGCAGGUACCUAAUGGUUAAGUUCAUUUUUUGGUGAGAAAACAAACAAACAAAAACAAAAUCAGGUAUUUUAUGUCUCUGCACUGAUUGCAUUUGUGUCCUAUGGACACACUGAGGAUCCUUCUGUAAAGUUUUUCCCAUGCAGUAGGAGUUCUGUAGUCUGAUUUAAUACGUGGUUAAUGAAUUACAGGAAAAGUUUGUAUUAUUUCUGUUAUGAUGUACAGAUGAGUGUAAUAUAUUCCUGAUAAUAAAUUCAUGCUCCAGCACAAAUAUGGAUGGAAGCAUGCAAA